CACGUAACAGCUUCUGACAUUUGUCGGUGGUAUGUGUUUCACUUUAAAAUAAAUUCACCAAAUGAUCAAAUACAUUAUUCGUUUGAGUGUGUCUCUGUACAUAAUUAUGACAAAAUGUGAAUUUUAAUUUGAAACUAAGCCGGAAGCCAUGACAGUCACUGUUUGCUAGCGUGCAUCAUUAGCUACACAAGAAUGGGCUCGGCGUUGUAAAUAGCAAAAUGUUUCGGUUUAACCUUAACAUUCUGAACAAUAACUUCGUUUAAGCGCUGGACUGAACGUAUCGAUGCGCUGCAGGAUAGUACAAGCCUUCUGAGUCGUUGUCGUUGAGGCAAGCGAUGUGUGCCGGAGGAAAGAGCCCACAUCCUGGGCCAUCAUGCCGAGGAAAGAGCCCAAAUCCUGGGCCAUCAUGCCGAGGAAAGAGCCCACAUCCUGGGUCAUCAUGUCCACCACAUCCUGGGCCGUCAUGCCGAGGAAAGAGCCCACAUCCUGGGCCAUCAUGUCCACUGGUGCUCGCCAUCUUUCUGCUCCUUUCCACAGACUGCAUGGUAGAAAGCACCGCUGGACAUGACCCCUAUAAAAUCCUGGGUGUCAGCAGGAGUGCCAGUCAAGCUGAAAUCAAAAAGGCAUACAAGAACCUUGCUAAAGAAUGGCACCCAGAUAAAAAUAAAGACCCCAGCGCGGAGGACAUGUUCAUAACAAUUUCAAAGUCAUAUGGGAUUUUGUCCAAUGAGGAGCGACGGGCCAACUUUGACCGCUAUGGGCAGAUGGACGACAACCAGCCAUUUGGCCAGUCUCAUCAUCAAGGCUACCGGAGCUUCCAUAACGGCUUCUACUUUGAUGACUCUUUUUUUCAUUUCCCCAGGUCCAGGGACUUUGCAGACAGCAAGUACCUGCUUCACCAUGGUCAGUUUAACAGCGAUGUCCUUCCAGACAGCCACAAGAAGCCCUACCUCAUCAAAGUCACCUCGGAGUGGUGUUUUGCUUGCAUCCACAUGGAGCCUGUGUGGAAAGAGAUUGUGCAGGACCUGGAGCCACUGGGUGUGGGCAUCGGCAUAGUGGACCUGGGUUAUGAGCGUCGUCUAGCCAACCAGCUGGGAGCUCACCGCGCUCCCUCAAUCAUCGGACUGCUGAACGGCAGAGUGACCUUUUUCCAUCAGGCUAUCGUUCCAGAUUACCUGCGACAUUUCAUUGAGGACCUCCUGCCAAAUAAACUGGUGCAAAAGAUUACUGAUGACAACUACCUGCACUUUCUGGAUAGCUGGCAUGUUGACAAUAAGCCCCGUGUUCUUUUGUUUGACCAAGUUGCCAACGUUCCUCUUGUAUACAAGUUAACAGCAUUUGCGUUCAGAGACUAUGUUAAUUUUGGCUACGUGGACCAAGGCGACACACACAACAUUCAGCUCUUGCAGAAGUUCAAUAUAAACUGGUACGCCCCCACCAUGCUGCUAUUUAAAGAAGAGACCCAAAAGCCAGUGGACAUCAUCCAGGCUCGAGGGAUGAAGAGGCAGAUCAUGGAGGAGUUUGUUUCCAACAACAAGUUCCUGCAGGUUCCUCGUCUGGUCAACCAGCAGCUGUUUGAUGAGCUGUGCCCUGUUAAGCAGUUCCACCGACGAAGGAAAUACUGUGUGCUGUUGAUCACUAGCGAGGACCAAGCUUUUCUCCCUGGAAACAAGGCCUUCCUGGACUUUGCCACGGCCAACAGAAAAGAGGUGCUGCGCUUUGCGUACGUCUACCAGCGUCAGCAGCAGCCCCUCUGUCAGGCUCUGCUUCCCAACCAGGCCCUCCACUCCCCCCAGGUGUUGAUUCUUGAGAGGCGGAGCCCGGCUGGAAAGGUGCUGUACCGCUCUGUGAUUGGUGGCUGGAACGGCAGUGAAGAGGACAAGUACCGCCUCCAUGAGCAUCUGGAGCUGGUUCAGAAGGACCCCACGUACCUGACCUCUGACACCACCCUGCCAGAGCUCAACAACGAGAUGGCCCCGAUGUUUCUCAUUCAGUGGAUAAACGCUGCCUAUGAUUACGUCCUUCAACUUUAUGAUGACCUCCUCUACUCCAACUGGCGAGAGAUGAUGCCCAUCCUGUCCUUGAUCUUCUCAGCUCUCUUCAUUCUUUUCGGGACCGUCAUCAUCCAGGCCUUCAGUGAACCGGGUGAGAGUGAACCACGUAAACAAGCGCCAAAGGAGCAACCUCAAAGUGAGGAGGAUGCAUCCAACAGAAGCAACGCCUCAGGCCGUCCUCCCAAGAAGGACUUUGUGGAGGUGACAGAACUGACAGACCUCACCUACACCAGUAACCUGCUCAAGCUGAGGCCCGGCCACAUCAACGUGGUUCUGGUGCUGACCCACGCCUCAAAGAACGCCUUGCUACGCAAGUUUGCCAAGGAGGUCUUCUCUUUCUCUGGGACUCAGACCAUCCACUUCUCCUUCCUCAACGCGGACAAACACGGCCAUUGGAUGGCCGUCCUCCUCCACGGGGCCUCGGACACGGCCAGCAGCGGCUGCCAUUCUGACGAGGACGAGGAUCCCUGCGACUACACGGGCCACGUGUUGGCCCUCAACGGCUACAAAAAAUACUUUUGCCACUUCAGACCAGUCUUCACCGGCGAUGAUCCCCCCUCAGACACGUCCCUCUCCGCCAGCAGGAGAAAGUCCCGGUCCAGGUCCAGGUCCAGCUCAGACUCUCGCUCCCGAUCUCAUUCCAGAGAAGAGUCCAAGAGAGGCCGGGCCACGAGCAUCGAGGUACACCACAAGUUAGACCGUCUGGGACUGUGGAUGGAGAGGCUGAUGGAGGGCACUCUGCCCAGAAGGCAGGUGUCCUCCUGGCCCAACCUCCACAACCUCACCCCUUAGUGCUCUGUCCCCAGCUAUACAGCCACACCCACCACCACCAAAGAUUCUCUACAUGCUUAUUUACAUACCUUAAUUCUUUCCAAACGGUAACACGGCAGUAAAACGGGUGAUCAAACAAAACAGAAGUCAUGGUCAUGGACCCACUAGCUGCGCAAGCUAGUUCUCCAAUCCCAUAAACAGACUCAAUAACUCCACGGUGAAUUUACCAAACUGAAACAAAACAAAAAGAAUGUCAUUGUAAGUUAAUACUAAGACAGACACUUGUAAAAGUGUUAGCAUAUUAGCUAAUACUAACAAUGCUAGCUUGUUUACAGUACCAUAGCAUGUACAAAUCUGCAUGGCUACGGAUGUAAAAAAAAAAAAUUUAAAAAAAAAAAGAUUUUCGAAUGAAUCUUGAUUCUCAUUUAAUUAAUUAAAAAAAAUCAAAAAUCGAUUAAAAAAAUAAUAAAUACAAAAAAAUCCAAACAUAUUUUCUUGUUGCUAAAUCUGUCCUGUCCAGCCAUAUUAUUUCAUGUUUGGCUAGAAUUUCAUUAAACCAAACCCGUUUUCUUUUAUUAUAGAAAUGUAUCAGGGCUGGAAAAAUGUAGUUUAUCAUAAAACUGGCAGCUAAUGUUAUUAAAAAAAGUAUUGAUUUUAAAUGGAGAAUUGUUUGGACUCGAGAAUAGAUUCUGAAUCAAAUCGUGUGGUACCCAAGGAUCCCCGGCCCUAAUAAAAACACUCCUACAGACAUCAUACUAACACAGACACUUGUAAACGUGUAAAUGCUAACAAUGCUAGCGUCAUUACGUUACGUUAGCACGUGGAAACACUGCUACAGACAUCAUACUAACACAGACACUUGUAAAUGUGUUAGCAUAUGCUAACAAUGCUAGCGUCAUUAUAUUACGUUAGCACAUGGAAACACUUCUACAGACAUCACAGGUGGGACACUUUAGGUGGUAAGAAUACAAACAUUGCUGGGAGUGAUGAAUGAAGAAUCCUUUCCAGCAGAAACACUAUGGACAGUUAUACUUCCAGUUCAAGUCACAAAAGAGGAAGUACAUUUUCAACCGGAAGCGCCUGCAGUGAGCGAACUCGUCCAAAAGAUGGCGCCGCUGCACAGACAAUAACACAUUUUCAGUGUCUCUGUGUUAAAUGAAAACUAUUUGAUUAUUAAUGCCGUUAGCGAAUAAAAAUCCCUAAUUUAGCCGCAGCAAAAAAGUAGUGGCUUAUAGUUGGGGAAAAUACAAGUUGUAUUUUUGCUUGUUCAGAGCUACCAAGGCUUGAAUUGCGAGUAGCAAGCACUAAGUUGUGUCCAACAUUGACUUUGCUCUCAUUUGCAUGAAGCAAUGAAGACAGGAAGUGAAGUUAGGACAAUGCUAACAACACGUCUAGUGAAUCAGCCAGGCCAUGGAGCUGUGCUUGAACAUGUUUGGAGGCAGAUGGUUCUAAAGCAUGGAACUAGAAUCAUGCGUAUAGUUAGCUUGCACUAGCUACUUAUUAGCGUUUGUCCCAGUCUGCUGAAGAAACAUUAACAAAACACUGUAACUCUUUUUGUCUUUUAUGACAUUUAGUGCGCUUAUUUAUUGAAGUGUGUGCAUAUUGUUUUGACAUUUGUUCUCCAUUCAACAAUAAAUGUUUGUUUUCUGUUGUCUAUAAAGGACAAUGACUCUUAACUGAUGAGAGAGCAAUGAACAGCAUGCAUUCAUACGGAUACACCUUUGUACAGUAUUCAUCAAUAUUUGUACAGCAUUCAUCAAUAUUUGUACAGCAUUCAUCAAUAUUUGUACAUCAUUCAUCAAUAUUUGUACAGCAUUCAUCAAUAUUUGUACAGUAUUCAUCAAUAUUUGUACAGCAUUCAUCAAUACUAAUACAAGUGAGUACAGCAUUCAUCAAUACUAAUACAAGGGUGUUGCCUUCAAGUGUUGUGGUAGUUUCAGCAGCUGUUGGGGAUGUCCAGGACCUUCUUCAGGGUCAGAGGUUCUUCAGGGUCAGGGGUUCUGGGCCAAAGGAGGCUGCCAGCAGCUGGUUGGCGCUCAUGUUUGUGUGGGAGCCGUCAGGCUUGGAGAGGUAAACAUCCCAGCUGGACCCAAACAUGAUCAUGAUGUUUCAUUAAGUUAGGUGGGAUGUACAAAGUACACAAGCAGUGAAGUUGUCACCUUGUGUAAAUGGUAAAUAAAAAGAGAAUACAAUGAUUU